AUGGCAUUUGAGUUUGACUUUUCAAGGUUUGAAGAUAACCCAGCAUAUAAGUAUUUAACACAAACUAAAAUUACUUAUCAAAAGUAUUUAGAUCAAUCAGUUCCUUAUACGAGAAAUAGGUGGAUUGGAUCUGCAUCGUUACUUGCUAUAUUCUUGCUCAGAAUAUUUUUCUCCCAAGGUUGGUAUAUAAUAUGCUAUGGUCUAGGAAUAUACUUACUUAACUUGUUCUUAGCUUUUUUGACUCCAAAGUUCGAUCCGUCGUUAGAGCAAGAAAUGAAGAGCGAGUCAAUCGAAGAAGGGUUUCAAGAUGAGCUAGAAUCUACCCAAAAAGACGAAGACUUUAGGCCCUUUAUCAGAAAGUUGCCUGAGUUCACUUUUUGGUAUAAUGGAACAAGGGCUACGUUGAUUUCUUUGUUUUUAACAGCCUGGAAUAUUUUUGACAUUCCAGUCUUCUGGCCAAUUCUAUUAAUGUAUUUCAUCAUACUAUUCACCUUGACUAUGAGGAAACAAAUACAGCAUAUGAUGCGUUAUAAUUACUUACCAUUCGAUUUUGGUAAAGCAAGGUACAGAAGGAAUUAA